AUGGAUAACGCUACACAAGCUGGGACGACUUCGGAAUGGAACCAGCUCUCCACUACGAUUGUGUACACUGUGUUUGGUAUAUUUGGUAUCACCGGCAACGGUCUCGUGCUCCUUGUCAUCGCCCUAGUCAAAAAUCUCCGUGGUGUCACCAAUCUUUUUAUCGCCAACCAAUCCUUAAUCGACCUUUCGUCAUCGGUCGUCCUCAUCGCUAGUUUCGUCGUACCUCUACCUCCGUUGCCAUCAGGUCGACCAAUCCUUGCUCAGUUUCUCUGCCGAUUUUGUCAAGAAUUUGUGUCAAGUAUGGAUAACACUACGCAAAACUCGACGUCCGAGGAUUUGAACUACCUCCCAACUACGAUUGUGUACGCCUUGUUUGGCAUAUUCGGUAUCGCCGGCAAUGGCCUCGUGCUCCUUGUCAUCGCCCUAGUCGAUGAUCUCCACGGUGUCACCAAUCUUUUCAUUGCCAACCAAUCCCUGAUCGACCUAUCCUUUACCCUGGAAUUCUUCUUGCCUGUAAUAGCUAUGAUCUUCGUCUACUCAGCGAUCGCAUUUCGGCUCCGAAGCGACGGAAUGCGCGCAUUCCAACCUAAGCGCAGCCGAACCAAAGCUGAUUCAACAACACCAAGCCAAAGCAGACCCCUUACCGACUGA